UCACCCGAUCAAAAUAUUACAUUAAUCCAUCCCAUAACGGUCCUCAGAAUUCCCUGCCUCUAAGCAAGCUCAAAACCCCAGUCGCUGACAUGUUCUUUUCUCCUUGUUUUUCUGUUAACCCUCAAAAUCUCCCUUGAUUAGGUCAGAUUUCAACUUCCCUCCUUCCAAAUUCUCAUGCAAAUCCUUGGAUUUUAGCAUGCGUUCAGCGGUUUUCUACAGGUGAAAAGUCCAUUAUUGGAUUUGCAAAAAAUAUAAACAGGGAAGCAAUAGUCUUCUGAACUGUUGCUCUGUUUUUUUUGCUUCCAAUUGAAACAAAAAUACAGAGAUUUGAUGGAGGAUAUUGAUGGGCAUCCAGAUUGAGGUUUGGCCUGAUACCCAUCUCUGUUUGGUGAAUCAGGAUUAUGUUGAUGGUUUCUUUCUCGAAAGAUGUUCCUCUCUGGUGGGUCUUUCUGGGUCUCUGUCUCUGUCCUGUUGUUUACUCUCUUUUGUUUCCUCACCAGAAUCCUCACCAGAAUUCACAGGAAUAGAAUUUCUCAGACCAAAAAGUCGAAUUCUCCAUAUGCUCCACUCGGAGAAAGCAUUCGACUUGUUUCGGGUUGUUCUGAGCCAGAGGAUAAGAAAAAGGAGGAAAAAUCUGAUGCUGAUGAAGUUCAGGACAGAGAGGGGGACAUGUCUGAAGAAGAGUCUCCGGAGUUCUGUUUCAAAUUUGAGUUUCAAACUGAGACUUUCGAGAAAUUCAGUAAGAGUUACAGGGGAGCUGCAGAGGAUGUUGUCUUGGACUCUGUUCCUUCUUUAAGUCAAAGCAAGUACGAGAUCAUGUCUGGGAAUGAUUUGAGUUGCUUUGUGGAGAAACCAGAGGAUAAGAGCUUUCAUGUCAGAGAAUUAUAUACCGAUUCUGACAAAGACAAUCAUUCCUUUAGCAUUAAAGAGGAUAAAGAGAAGGGGUUUUUGCCUGAAAUUGAUAUAACCCACCAAAACUCAAAAGAAGAAGAACCUGAUCUUGAAGAAACAUCAGAGAAUUCCACAGACAAUGUCGGUGAAAAAGGGGCUUUGGAUGAACCUGUUUAUGAGGAAGAAGAUGAUGUUGAUUCAGGGGAUUAUCGAUUUCUUUCAGAAAAGGACUUCAUUGCUUUUGAUUCUGAUAUUGAUUCCAUUGCCUCAGGCCAUGAUUUCACCGGAAAUUUUCUCAGUUCAAUGAGUGAUGGAUUUUUAUCAGAUGGAGAUUUUGAAGAAGGUUUCGAGCUUGAUCCUUCCAUGGACUUUGAUGGGGAGAAGGAAGAAUCAAUUGAGGAUUUGAUUGCCAAGCAUGAAGCUGAAGCUGAUGAUUUUGAGGAUGAAGACAGAGAUAUAAUGGAAGAACUGAGAAAAUUAGAAGAAUCGGAGUCUAACUCUCCUAAACAGAAUGGAAAUUCCCAGAAGGAUGAAAUCAAUGGAACUAACAAUGAACCCACAACUACUUCAGCUGAUUCUAAGAAAUCGAGUUCAGAACCUUCAUCUGGUUCAGAAUCUGAGGAACUUGAAACCUUAUGGGAGCAUCAGGAUUUGAUAGAACAACUGAAAAUGGAGCUGAAAAAGGUUAGAGGCUCAGGUCUUCCUACCAUCAUGGAAGAAUCAGAAUGUCCAAAGAUAAUGGAAGAUUUGAAGCCUUGGAAGAUUGAAGAAAAGUUCCAGCGAGUGGACAGAAUGGGCGAGCUUCACAAAUUCUACAAGAGUUACAGAGAAAGAAUGCGAAAAUUCGAUAUCUUGAAUUACCAGAAGAUGUAUGCAAUAGGCUUUUUCCAGUCCAAGGACCCACUUCAGUCCUUUUCAACUCAAAGUUCCUCCUCACGUCCGGCAAUCACAUCCCUUCUCCCGCAGAAUAUUCGGCUAGGCAAGAGCAAGAAACACGAGUUUGCUCCAACUGUGAAGUUCAUUAGGGAGUUGCAUACUGAUUUGGAAGCAGUGUAUGUUGGACAAUUAUGCCUUUCAUGGGAAAUUCUCCAUUGGCAAUAUGAGAAGGCUCUUGAGCUAUGGGAAUCUGAUCGGUAUGGGAUACGUAGAUACAAUGAAGUUGCUGGGGAAUUUCAACAGUUUCAAGUACUAAUGCAGAGAUUCAUAGAGAAUGAGCCUUUUGAAGGGCCUCGAGUUCAGAAUUAUAUCAAGAAACGAUGUGUUCUUCGUAGUCUCCUUCAAGUUCCAGUUAUAAGAGAAGAUAAAGGGAUGGCCAGAAGAAAAGGAAAAGGAAAAGAAGAUGAUGCCAUUACAGGUGAUAUGCUAGUGGAGAUCAUGGAGGAAUCAAUAAGGAUAUUCUGGCGAUUUGUUCGAGCUGAUAAAGAUGCAAAUGCUGUAUUCCAGAAGAGUAGAAAAGGAACUCAGGUUGAACCUCUAGAGCCUAAUGACCUUGAGCUUUUGUCAGAGGUUCAAACAAGUCUUCAAAAGGUUAGAUCUUAGUAUUCCUGUUACAGAUUAGUCCUAUUCUUGGACUGUCACCCAACCACUGUAAUUCUACUUAAGUUUCACAAUUCUUCUUUGAAUGCAGAAGGAAAAGAGGCUCAAGGAGCUGUUAAGAUGCGGAAACUGCGUAUUACGCAGAUUUAAGAAGCAUCAAGAGGAGAAUUUAGAUCAAUUCCUUUACUUCUUCUCACAGGUGGAUAUGAAAUUGGUGACGAGGGUUUUGAACAUGUCAAAAGUAACUACAGAUCAGCUGCUAUGGUGCCGUAGUAAAUUGAGCAGUAUCAAUUUUGUUAACAGAAGGAUACAUGUAGAACCUUCUUUUACACUUUUCCCAUAUUGACAGCACAUAGCUUUCUCAUUGUAUAUAUGCCUCUUUCCAUAUUCCCUACUACUUGAAGAGCUUAUGUAAAGAAAAAUUUUGGUAUAAGUAAAACAUACAUUUUCCAGAUGGACAAUUAACACAAAAAGAUAAUGUUUGCUUUAGAUGGUGAAUUGAUAGCCUAUACUAUUACUGCAAUGUAAUCAAAGAAAAUGACUCAUCUAUUUUCUCAUUUUUCUGGAUUUUAAGAAUAAAGAAUUGAUAAUCCAGGGGUGUAUAUGAAAAAGUCAAAACCAUAAGGUUCACAAGUGCGACUUUUUAUAUAAUUCCGAGUCCUUUUGGAUUUAGGAAAUACCGCGUUUAAUCACAGCCGUUGAUCAUAUAAAACCAAAACAGUAGC